CCGAUGAGGCGGUGUGUUUAUGUCGGUGUUCGAAAGCGUGUAGAUUGUUUAUUUACAUGUUCUUUAUAACCGAUACCAAUAGUGUUUUGUGUUAACAGUGUCUUCUUCUUGUAACGAACCACACUAACGUGUAUUCAAGUGCAUUGUUAAGUUAAUGAUCAAAAAUGACCGGUGGAUUGCUCACGUAGAGCGUAAACCGAGAAUGCAUUUUUAGUGUCGUGGAGUGUUUGUACGUACACAUUUAUCUGGAUAAAUGUUCGGCUACAGGGGUAAUAUGUGCAGCCGGCAGCAUUCUCAGGCUUGCCUGAAUACAUCUUUGUCGAUACGACAAGAGAUACAGCGGUUUGAAAGUGUACAUCCAUCGAUAUACGCCCUUUACGAUCUGGUCGAGUUGGUGCCUGAUCCACUGCUCGCUCAGCAGAUAAGAGAUCACGUCGUUGCCAUUGAAGAUUCUUUUGUAAACAGUCAAGAAUGGACGGCAGCAAGGGGCGUCACGGAGUUAAGAGUCGGUGUUUUGGGAUCACCCGAUAGUGGAAAAUCAGCCUUAGUGCAUCGAUACCUAACUGGAGCUUACAUGCAAGAGGAAAGCCCUGAAGGAGGUCGCUUCAAGAAGGAAGUCAUCAUAGACGGUCACAGCUAUCUCCUGCUGAUCAGAGAUGAAGGCGGACCACCAGAGAUGCAGUUCACCGCGUGGGUUGACGCGGUAAUCUUCGUCUUUAGCUUGGAGAACGAGAUCAGCUACAACACAAUAUCUAGUUACUUCAAUAAAAUGUCCCAUUAUAGGAAUUCAGCAGAAAUUCCAAUCAUAUUGGUUGGAACCCAAGAUGCCAUAAGUGAAAGUAGUCCACGUGUAGUAGACGACAACCGCGCUCGCAAGCUGUCCAAUGAACUACGAAGAUGUUCAUACUACGAGACAUGUGCUACCUAUGGCUUAAAUGUGGAGCGAGUGUUUCAAGAUGCGUGUCAGAAGAUCGUCGGGACUAGGCUCUCGGCGUCAUCCCAGUGCCUCUCCGGGGGCUCGCGUCCGGCAACUCCGCAACCUCUGGCUAAUUCACCCAGCCACAAUCAUACAUCGUUUUUAUAUAAGGAUUCAUUACCACGGGGCCAUCACACGCUCUCUGCGUCAUCUCAUCACCUACAUCGAGGAGCUUCCUCAUUUGACGCCUCAUCAAACAGCAGCGGCAUCUCGUCCACGCACGUCGUCGAGAUCCACAGCACCAACGGUUCCGAUACGUCAUCACGAUGGGGCAACUCUCUCGGCAGCCACGGAUCGUCUUCUGGCUUGGUUUCCAUAGCAACGGAGAAUAACAACGUUAAAUACACGGCCCGGCACUGUUUGGACGAUCUGCAGCCGCUGAAAGACCCCAAAGACCUGCCCACACCGUCUUCAACUCCCACAACCUCGAGGAAAACCAGGAGAAGAUCGAAUCUCUUCACGCCGUCGAAGAAGGGUGAUGAUAGAUUGAAAAACGGAGAGCUAGGCUCAGGGAGGGCGAUACCGUUGAAACAGGGAUACUUGUACAAGAAAAGCAGUAAGGCUCUGAACAAAGAGUGGAAGAAAAAGUAUGUGACUCUGUGUGAUGAUGGGAGAUUGACCUACCAUCCCAGCUUACAUGACUACAUGGAAGAUGUCAAUGGAAAAGAGAUAUCUCUUCAGUAUGUGACAGUGAAAGUCCCAGGACAGAAACCACGAGGUUCCAAGUCCAUCAUUACCACAGUACCGGGAUACAACGGAUACAGCAGUCUGGAUAUACACGACAGCAUCAGUGGACUCUCUCUUGGGUAUAAAGAAAAACGGGCCACAGACAAAGCGCUGAUGUCGGCGUUUGAGACGAUGAAAGAGCCAGCCUCGAGCCGGCAGUCGCUCGCUUCGGAGCCGGACGUGGGCUCCACCAACGGAGCCGACAAGGACACACCGCAUGUGAAGAAACGACACCGCCGAAUGAAAAGCACCGGCCUCAAGAAGGACGGAGACGAAGAGGGGGAGUGCGGCACGUCGUGCGAGUUCACGAUCGUGAGUCUGGACGGCAAGCGGUGGCGCUGGGAGGUGUGCGGCGCGGGGGGCGCGGGGGCCGCGGCCGCCGCCGAGCGGGACGCCUGGGUCGCCGCCGUCGAAGCGCAGAUCCUCGCCUCCCUACAGGGCAGGACGUCGCGCCAGCCGCUGCCCACGGGCGCCAACACCACGGGCGACGUGCGCGCCACGCGCUACGUGCGCCGCGUCGCCGGCAACCACCAGUGCUGCGACUGCGGCGCCCCAGAUCCGGACUGGGCGAGUCUGAACCUCGGCGUGCUGAUCUGCAUAGAGUGCUCCGGGGUACACCGCAACCUCGGCUCCCACAUAUCGCGAGUGCGCUCGCUGGACCUGGACGAAUGGCCGUUGAGUCACGUCAGCGUCAUGGUGUCGAUCGGUAACGCUUUAGCCAAUUCAAUAUGGGAGGCUGACCUCCGGGGACACGUGAAACCGGUUGCGACUUCCUCCCGGGAAGAGAAAGAGCGAUGGAUCCGCCUGAAGUACGAGCGGCGGCAGUUCUACAGCGCGACGGAGGCGGCGGGCGGGCUGGAGGCGCUGCGCGGGGCGGGCGCGCGCGGNCCCGCCCCGCACGAGCGCGCGCUGGCGCUGCGGGCCGCCGUCGCCGCCGGGCACCUCGCCGCCGCGCAGCUGCUCAUAUGGCACAACGGCAACCCUAACUUCCCGGACGCGGACGGGCACACGUGCGUGUUCUACGCGCGCGCGGCCGCCAACCACCUAUCGGGCAUCCCCACCCAGUACCCGCGGAACUUGCAGCUGACGUGCCCUCUGCACCCGACGCCGCCCUCCAACGCGUCCAGCUCCUCGUCUGCUUCGAGCUCCAAGAGCCUCAAGAGUCCAGAGCCGGAGUGCAACUGCAUCAUAUUCGAACUCCUGAACGCCCAGAGCGCCAGCAACGCGCUGGUCGAGCUGCUGAUCGGCCUCCAGAACAACCACUACACGAACGGCUACGAUUCGAAUCUAGUGUAUGCCCACAACACGCUCGGCCGCCCGACCCUGAGCCAAAAUCUCUCGUUGACCAACGGGAAGUGCGGGAGCAUCGUCUAAACCAGCCUUUCCCAAAGUGGGUUAUAACGCCCCCCUGUGGGCGCUGCAGGAUUAAAGGGGGGCGGUAAGACACGCAGAAAAAAAUUGGGGCGUU